AUGAGCUUUGAUGCUGUUGCUACGCAUAAGGCCAUAAUCUUUGAUUGGGAUGACACCAUCUGCCCGUCUAGCUUUGUGGAUCGAUAUAAAAUAGAGCGAAUGGAGAAGCUGCCGAGAAAUUUCCAAAGACUAUUCGAAGAAAUUACUCGCCUUACGGAACGAGUGCUACGUGAAGCUUCCAAAUACGGAGAGGUAAUUCUAAUCACUAAUUCCGAUGAAGGAUGGGUGAAAUACUCAUGCGAACGAUAUCUUCCGCGACUGCUCCCAGUCCUGGAAGGCUACCGUAUCGUUUCGGCGCGUACCUUGUACGAGCGUUUUUAUCCGGGCCAGCCCUUGUGUUGGAAAGCAGCGGCCUUUGCGCACGAAGUCAAUGAGCUCUACGAGUCGAUGAGCGCAUCCGACGACUCUGCUAUGAAUGGAAGUAUGGAAUCGACCGACGUUUCCUCCACGGACUCGGAAGAAGAAAAGCCAAGUAUGGAUGAAGAGGAGAAAAAAUGCAUAAAUACGAAUCUUUCCUUUUUGGGUGAAAGGGAAAUCAUUUCGUUCGGGGACUCGAUGGAAGAACGAACAGCUGUCCGUAUUGUUGCUGAGCAAUUAGGGGCGACACCCAAGAGUGUCAUGUUUAUUCAGCUACCAACGCCGGUACAGAUCCUAGGACAGCUGCAGAUGGUAGCAGCGCAUAUGAAAUUCGUAUGCGAGCAUAAAUCAAGUCUGGAUCUCGAGAUCACUACUGAACAAGCGCAACGCUGUGCUGACGCCCAUUUGCGUAGGUAUAAACUGGGAAGCUAUCGCCAGUUGCAGUAUUUACCACGAAGCGGCACUGAUGAAGCGAUUGUUCCGGGGGAAACCACACUCGAACCGAACGUUGUGGCAAGUUAA